AUGGAAUUUUGGGGAGUUGAAGUUAAAGCUGAAGAAUCACUCAAGGUUCAACCUGAGUUUAGCAAACUGAUUCAUAUUUCACAGGCAGCACUAGGAGAGGUGAAAGACAUCAAAGGAGCCAAGCACGUUCCCAUUCGUAUGAAGCUUGAUGAAGACGAGUAUGUAAUAGGAACUCUUUCAGCAGAAGACAGACCUCAGAUGAUGUUGGACUUGGUAAUUGAGAGGAAGUUUGAGCUCUCCCAUGACUGGAAAAGUGGAAGCGUCUACUUUAUUGGUAGUAUUGCUGAUGAUCAAAUUCAAGAUGAGCAAGAUUUUUCAGAUGAAUCUGAUGAUAGGAAAAUCGAAUUGAGGCUCUUGAAAAUGGUGGUAUGUCAACAAUCUCUCUCUCUGUCACCAGUUUUAAGUCUCAUCGGUUUCUUUCACUCUUCAGAUAUGCAAAACGAGAAGUUACUGUUUAGGUUUGUUAACUUCACAGGUAAACCCCAGCCCAAGGUUGAGGACGUGAAGCCUACAAAAGAUAAGGCUACUGCUGCUAAGACUGGAACUAAGAAAGAAGACGCCUCUGACUCUGAUGGCAUGAAGAUGUCUCCAUUCUCAUUACUCGAGGAGUUUUACUGUGUUAUUUGCCUGAAUCUCUUUGUUUUCUUCCUCGAGAUCAUUCAUUACAAAUACUUCCAUCUUCCUACUUCUGUUGAUUCUUUACUUGUACUAAAGGAGCAGCAGCCCAUGAAAAGGCCAUCUUCUCCCGUUUCCAACAAAAAGGCAAAAUUGGCAAAUCCUGGUAAUGCAAGCGUUCACAUUGCAACUCUUUACCCUUACGGAAAGGCUGGAAAAACUCCAACUGGCAACAAAACCAAGUAG